CAAGCGGACACACGCCCACGACGACGAGCGGCUGGAGGCAAAGCCGAUUAAAGCAACACACAGAGAUGGCAGGGGAGGCAGAGGACGAGAUACCAGAAACAGGUGCAGUUUUCACAUUUGGAAAAAGCAAAUUCGCAGACAAUGUCCCCAGUAAAUUUUGGCUUAAAAAUGACGUGCCCAUGAAAAUUGCCUGUGGGGACGAGCACACAGCAUUAAUAACAGAAAAUGGAAAACUCUUCAUGUUCGGGAGUAACAACUGGGGCCAGCUCGGCCUGGGAUCCAAGUCGAGCGUUAACAAGCCCACCUGCGUGAAAGCUCUCAAGUCAGAGAAAGUGCGGCUUGCGGCCUGUGGAAGAAAUCACACUAUAAUCUAUACAGCUCAGGGAAACGUCUACACCACAGGUGGGAACAGCGAGGGUCAGCUGGGCCUCGGCGACUGCGAGGAGAGAACGGCCUUCCAAUUGGUCAGUUUCUUCACUUCAAACAGGCCAAUCAGGAUGCUCGCUGCUGGUUCAAACACGUCUGCUGCUCUCACCGAGAGCGGGAAGCUGUUCAUGUGGGGCGACAACGCGGAGGGCCAGAUCGGCCUGGGGAAAGAGAGCCACGCCAGCCGCCCCCGGGAGGUCAGCGUGGGCCGUCCCGUCGCCUGGGUGUCCUGUGGCUACUACCACUCUGCUUUUGUCACAGUUGACGGAGGUCUGUACACAUUCGGGGAGCGCGACAGCGGUAAACUGGGCCUGGGCACCGACCAGCUGGCCAGGCACCGCGUACCGCAGCUGGUGAAGAGCAUCAAAGAUCGGGUGACACAGGUGGCAUGUGGCGGCGGGCACACUGUGGCCCUGACAGAGGAUGAGGUGUACACGUUUGGCCUGGGUCAGUUUGGCCAGCUGGGCCACGGGACGUUCAUCUUCGAGGCCCGGCUGCCCCGAGUGAUCGACCACUUCAAGAAAGGGCGAGUCUGCCACGUGGCCUGCGGAGAGAACCACACGGCAGUGAUCACAGACGGUGGUUUACUUUACACGUUUGGAGACGGGCGGCAUGGGAAACUGGGCCUGGGAGAUGAAAACUUCACCAAUCAGUUUAAGCCAACUCUUUGUCCACGCUUCCUCAAGUACAACGUCCAGGCGGCAACAUGUGGAGGCUGUCACAUGGUGGUGUUGGCGCGGCCGAGAGAACCGGACUGCGACGACGUGACGCUGGAGGAAGACGAUGUGACAGAGGAUUACCUGGAGAAGUCGUACGGGGAGCUGCUAGGGGACACCACGGACUCAUCGGCCCUGCAGCGGAGCCUCUCGGCCAGGGUUCGCAGGAGAGAGAGGGAGCGAUCUCCGGACCAGUUCGGUGCCAUGUUCCGCACCCUUCCUGCCAGGACGCCGGGCUACCUCAACCCCCCGCUGCCCAUCUCCAGUCAGACCAUCCCGCCCAGACUGCCUCCACGAGAGCUGGCACACAGAAAGGUGCACAACGGCACUCACCAACACAGGAGCGCAGGGUCAAUCCGCAAGGAGCAAGCACGGGGUGAGACAGACAGCACUGUGGAGAGCCUGACUGACACUGACAGUGUUAAGGGCCUGGGAGAAACUACAGACUUCCUCAACAUGACACAUAUGAUGAAAAUGGACCCCAGUGAUAAGACACUCAUGCUGUCUCCAGUUCAGAAGAGGAAGGAUAAGCAUGGUAAGGUCAUUAAAAAGGAGAAUGAGAAAGAGAACCAAAAAAAGGAGAAAAAACUCCAAGAGCAGGGCAGUCUCUCCAGGCCGGUUUCUCCAAGAGAUCCCUAUCGUAAGAGGGAGGAUCUCACCCCACGCCGGGCGCCGCCCACCGAGCUUUUGAAGAGCCACAGCACUCGUUCUCUUAAGACACAAAGCCCACACCACCCAAAGAAAGCGGCUGGCAAGGAGAAUCUCAUCUUGGCCAUGGAGGAACUCGGUCCCACUGCUGCAAAGGGUAGAUCUACAAAAAAUAAGUCUCCAAGCUUAGGGGACAUUAGCAAAGAGACAUCCAAACCACAGCCCAAGCCAAAGAAAGGGAAAAGCCAGUUGGUAGAGGUUGGCAGGACGGGGCAAGAAAAACGAAAGGACCCUAAAAUGGAGGAGAAAAAGAGCUCCACCCAAGGUAAACGUUUAGAGGUCAAAAAGACUCCUCAGGGUGUCGGCUCUAAAUCGGCAGGGGUGAAAGUUCAGCAAGAGCAGUCUGAGUUGAAGCCCGUUAAGCUGAAAAGCAAACCUAUAGUCGUGCAAAGUCAACAUGCAGGGGUUAGCGAUGCUCUGGAGAGUAGCUCCGGAAGUCCUCGAUCACUUUCCGAGGGCAGUGUGAAGUCUAAAAAACCCUCCCAGCCCAAACAAAGUAUAGUUUCAUCUAAAGACACCAAAAAAUCAAAGGACGAGAUAAACAAAAAAGUAGCUCAGUCCAAGAAACCUGUUCAGUCCAAACUUUCAGCACUAUCAGACGAUGACCCAACACCGAGAGGAACACCCAGAGGAACACCGAGAGGAACACCGAAACGUGACCUGCUCACCGCUGCGGCCUCUCUUGCAGCCGGCUCAACAUUGAUCAGGGAGGUAGCGUCCCGAAGCCAGAUGAGAUCGCCGUCACCCACACCGUCUGAUAGAUCAAGUCCGGAGAGCCGCCGGAGUGUCUCGAAAGCCCGCUUGAUAAAAUCCCGCUCCUCAUGGAGUGAGAUGUCCGAAUCGGAAUCCCACUCCAAAUCAAGCAAGAGGACAACAGUCAGCAUCAACAUCAUUCCUGCACCGGACAGUCCCGAACAGAGCUCCGAUGUUGGGGCGGCAAGCUGGGACGAGAAGGGGACGAAUUGGGACGAAAGUGGCGAGGAAGGCAAGGAUCAAACUGAGAGCAGCAAUGAAGACUCAAUGGCAGCCAAUGAGGAAGAGGAAGAGGAGGAGGAUGAAAGUGAGUCAGCCACCCAAAGUAGCAAGAAGGUUACAGAAACAGAGGACGAUGACGAUAGCAGCACCCUGCAAGCGGAAGAGGAAGAGGAGGAGGAGGAAGAGAGCGAUGAAGGCAAAUUAGAUAUUAGUGAGGGAGAGGAGAGUGAAUCAGAGGUUACAGGAAAAGAUGAGAGUGAGGAAGAGGGGGAGGAAGAGGAGGAAGAAAGUGGAACAGUGGGAAGCGGGGAAGAGAGUGGGGAGGAGCAAGAGAGCAAAGCAAGUGGCUCAGAGGAGGAGGAGGAGGAAGAGGAAGAAGGGGAGGAGGCGUCAGGUAGUGAGAUGGAAAGUAAAGGAAGGGAUACUGAGACUGCGGAAGAGGAGGAAGAGGAGGAGGAAGAGGAAGGUGAAAGUGAAUCUGUAGAGGCUUCGGAGAAAGAUGAGAGUGAUGUGGAGAGUGGAACUGUAGAGGCAGAGGAAGAGGAGGAGGAGGAAGAGGAGGGAGAGGCAGAGGAGGAGAGCGGUGAGGAAUCAGAGAGUGAAAACGAGGAGGAAGGUGAAGAAGAGGCAGAAGAGGAGGGGGCCGGGGAGGAAGAGGAGGAGAGUGAAGAUGAAGAUCUGAAGAAUGAAGAGGAGGAAGAAGAGGCGGAAGAGGGUGAGGAGGAGGAGGAAGAAGAAAGUGAAAAAGAGGAGGAGGGAAAUGAGGACGAGGCUGAAAAUGAUGAGGACGAGGAGGAGGAGAGUGGCGAGGAAGAAGAAGGAGAAGAAGAGGAGGAGGAAGAGGAGGAGGAGGAAGAAGAAAAGGAGCUUGACAAAAAGAGAAGGAGGGCUGCUGAGGUCAAAAGGCAAAGUGCUAAAUCUGAGACAAAAAGGAAGCCGAGGUCAGGUAAAGGCCAGGCGGCAGAGGAAGCAGAGGAAUUCUGGGAUGACGUUUUACCCCAGUACCUCAAUCUUAAAUAAUGGCAGCAUUCAUAUUCCUGUGCAACUAAGAAAUAAUACAAGAAAUAAUAGCAUGUAUUGUUCGGAGGGAACUUCAAAGAAAACAAUGUAUGCAGCUUUGAAUAGCACAGAGAGCAGUACAACUCACAAAAGCUCCCAAAAACAUAAACUAAACAGGAAAAUCUAACAAAGAAUGCCAAACUUAAUUCUCUAUAUUCAUUCUCUGUUCCUGCAAUAACCUAUCUUCUAUUACCCAUCACUUACAGUGCCUUCUCUGGUGAUAUAUAAUGUAUUUGGAUAAUCCUGUUUUCAUAUUGCUGCAAAACGUUUUGCUUUAUUUUCAUGUAUGUAAAUGCACUGCUAAGUUGCUUUUUUUUUGCAGUUUGAUGGCAUCAAAGCUGCUUUUGCAUUUCCAUAUUUGCCUUUUGAUUAGAGCUGAAGGUAUCCAGUGUAGUUUGUGACCAGUGGUGGCGCUAGAGUGCACACUAAGAAACCUUGGUCACCAUUUUAUUUACAUGACAAGUCUGUAUUGGGAGAUAUUUCACCAACAAGAGUGUUUGAAGCCACCUUCUGGGGGCGACGUAGAGCAAUGAAAACAGAGUCAAAUUAACAGUGGUCAAUGGGACUUUUUCGCAGAAACAGCUCUCUAAAUAAUAAUAAUGAUAAUAUGAAUGUGAUCUUUAUAUUUGGACUCAAAUUUAGUUAUCAUUUUACAGCAUUAAGCCCCAUUGACAGCUGUAUGUUCGCCUCUGUUUAGUAAGUGCUCGACACUGCCCCCGAUGGCCAAAAGACUGUACUGCACUAUUUUGCUUCUGCCUCACAGCAUUAAGUGGCCAUGGUCAGGCUUUGAUGCAACUCUCAAAUCAUUCCAAAAACCAAGUGUGUUUACAAGGAAAACUACAUUGGCUACCUUUAAUUGCCUAACCUGCUCACCGCAGCACGGGGGAGAGCUUUGCCAGCUUUUGUGCUGACCGAAUAGUUUGAAAGCGCUAGUGGCGAUUUCUCAACUGAUCACAGUCAAUUUUGCUUUGUUUACCUCUUUAGUUGGCAGCUACGAAACGGGUAUAUUCAGGUCAAAGACUUGGUAUAUCAUUCCAGCCACGCUCAUAGUGGCACGGUACAAGAUGUUUUUCCAUUGUAUGUUGUUCACAGCAAAUUUGAUCAAUUUCAACCAUGGUAGGCAAGUUUCUCUACAUGUGCAGCCAUUCUGGCAGCUAGCCAACCAUCAGAAGUCAUAUUCCUUCAUAAAACCUCUAUUUUUUCAUGAUAUGACCAGUACCAGUAAUGCAUCGAUGCAAUGGAAAACCCCUAAACCUGUCACAAAAAAUUGUAAGGCUCAGGCAGGGACAGGUUGCCUUAAUCUGUGGCAGUUGGAGAUUUACAUUUUUCUGCACAUACAAUCAUGGUUGUUUUCACAAGACAUAAACUGUUAUAUUCAUUUCUGUCAUUCAUAAUAAAUGUCUUUUGUUGGAUUUGUUGUAUUACCUUUGUGUGUCUUGUUGAAAGGUAUCAGAGACAGAACACGGUUGGGAGUACUUAUAAAUUAGUUAAAUAAUAAUAUUAACAAAUGUAAUCAUUUCCAGUUUUCCCCACAGUUUUAUUGGAAACAAUUCAGGAGGCAGGCUUACAAUCACACUUCACUGAUAUAAAAUAGAAAAAAAAAUCAAGUCACACAGCCUAUUUCACAGCCUAUCCAUUGUAAAUACUCAUCUUCAUAUCAGUAUCUUGGCAUUCUUUAACUUAUUAUCAACUUUGUAUCCAUUAUGGUUAGGGUUAGGUCGACACUAGGUUGACUAUUAAUAUUGGACAAUCCAAAUAAAGUGUAACCAAAUCUUCAUACCCAGUGGAUACAGAGCAUUUUAGCAUGAGCAUUUUUCAUGACUUAAUCACAAAUAUUGAGAUUGACACCACAGGAUGAGCCUUUUCCUCCUCCAUUCGCCCGGGUCAUCCUGGGUUAGUGAGCGUUUCAUUGGCUGAGUGUCCACAAGCAGGUGGGGUUUGUUUUCCUCCCCGGUCUCGUCAUCCUCUUUGUGUCUGUAAUCCCUCCACAAUCCCUUCCUGUCCCUGCCAACUAUACAGCUCAGGGUCAGUUGUCAGUGUGCUGUCUGUAUUCAAUUCAAAAGAUAAACAGAUGAUGAACAGCCAUUCUCUGUCUCUCUUUUGAAGAAAGGAUGUGGUCGUGUUUUAAUAGAAAUCUGCAACUUCUGAUAAAUUGUGCAGGAUAGUUUAGUUUUGUUGUUUGUGUUAAUUUUUUUCACACAGCAUUUCUCAUCCUGUGCUUUUGUUUUCAUGUUUUUGUGCCACCAUUUCCUUCAGCCCGCUUGUCCAAAAAAUUAUAUCCCUAUCUGUUUUUUUGUUUGUUUGUUUUUUUUUUUUUUUUAAUUUUGGAAAUUGAGCCCAAUCCCUACACAGUUUCCCCCCUGCUACCUCAUCUCACCCUGUAGAAUUAGAAAUAAUGCUUGUAUUAAUUUCUUUAAUAUCCAUCCAUUUUAGCAAGUCAUUUAAUCUGAUCUUGAGUCUUAAAAUCAUACUUUCUUAAAAGAAGUUGAAAAAAAAAAAAAAAAAGUUGCCAA